GAAUUAUAACUUGAUAGUACUUGGGACUGCAAUCAUGGAAAGUGAGAGCCGCAAAGCUUCUACCAGUGAGCAUAAAUCCAAGUGGCAUUUGGAUGAUAGCGAUGAAGAUGAAACUGAGAGCCGCAAAACUUCCACCAUUGAGCAUAAAUCCAAGUGGCAUUUGGAUGAUAGCGAUGAAGAUGAAACUGAGAGCCGCAAAACUUCCACCAUUGAGCAUAAAUUCAAGCGGCAUUUGGAUGAUAGCGAUGAGGAUGAAACAGAGAGCCGCAAAGCUUCCACCAUUGAGUAUAAAUCCAAGCGGCAUUUUGAUGAUACACAUGAGGAUGAUAGUAGCUCACCAUCCAAACAUAAGAAGAAAGUAGAUAUUGAAGGGGAGAAGGAUCAAACUAGCAGAAAUGAGGAUGAACUCUCAAUCACAAAGGAUAGAUCUGCACCAGAGGGCCAUGGUUCCACAGUGGCCUCCUUUUACAACAAUUUAGAAAAUAAAGGUUUGCAAGAGAGAAAACAAAGUCGGAUAUUCUUUAUGAGAAAUUCAAAUAACUGGAUCAAGAGCUACAUUAUAAGCCAUUGUCUUGAACUUAUAAGAGACAGACAAGUGGAUGAUUAUCCUAUAGUUGCACUAGAUCUGGGAUGCGGCAAAGGAGGAGACCUGCGCAAGUGGCAAAAGGGUAAUAUUCGUCAUCUGGUUUGCGCAGACAUAGCAGAGACAUCUGUGGAGCAAUGCAAAGAAAGAUAUGAAACAACAAGAAACAAAGGGUUUUCAGCAGAAUUUAUUGUUGCAGAUUGCACAAAGACCAGGAUAAAAAAUUUGAUGAAGAAUCCAGAGAGAAAGAUUGAUCUUGUGUCAUGCCAGUUUGCAUUUCACUAUUGCUUUGAAAGUCUUCAGCAAGCUGAAACAAUGAUACAGAAUAUCUCUGAGAAUUUAAAGAGAGGAGGAUACUUCUGUGCAACUCUUCCAAAUGCUUUUGAAAUUAUGUCGAGGCUGAAGAAAAGUGAUGGCCAAAGUUUUGGAAAUGAAGUCUACCGAAUUGUCUUCCCAGACGACAGACCAGAGACCCCACCAUUAUUUGGUGAUAGGUAUAAUUUUUUCCUAGAAGGCGUUGUGGACUGUCCUGAAUUCUUGGUUCACCCAGGAACUUUUGAAAAACUUGCCAACAAGUGGGGCCUCCAGUUAGUAUGGAAAAGAAGUUUUGCAACUGUUUAUAAUGAUGCCCUUAAAGACAGUGAAGCUCAGAGGUUGCUCUCAGUAAUGCAUGCACUUGAGGUAGGCAGAUCCUUCUUGGCUGAAAAUUUCUUACACUUCAGUCUUACUAUAUUAAGGGCUUAGAUCCCCCUCCCUUGA